UAUGCUAGACAAUGAGAUGUAUGCCAGAUACAGAUAUACGAAUGGUGGAAUAGAUUAUCUAGAGGAUUUGCUGAAGGAAUCGCUGGAAAGAACGACAAGAAGAAACAGAGCACUUACUGUUAGACAGAUGAUUCUGAUUACGUUGCGCUUCUUCGCCACAGGAGCAUUUUUUAACAUCAUUGGUGAUAGCAUGGGCUACCACAAGUGCACUGUGUCACGUGUUGUAGCCCAAGUAACAGAAGCAAUUUGUGGUCACAUACAUCAGUUUGUGAUGUGGCCUGAUGCCAAUGCUCGAGCAUGGAAUAUGACAGAAUUUUUUAAGAAAGCUGGUUUCCCGAAUGUUGUUGGAUGUGUAGACGGAACACAUAUCCGAAUCCAGGCGCCAUCCGAAGACGAACCAGCCUUCGUGAAUAGGAAAGGCUUCCAUAGCAUCAACAUGCAGGCUGUAUGUGACAUCAAAGGAAAAUUUACAAGUGUAAAUGCAAGCUGGCCUGGGUCGUGCCACGACGCGCACGUCUUCAGAACGUCGGGAUUGGCAGCCAAACUGACCAUUGAACAUGUGGCGUUUUCAGAUGGUGUCCUUUUAGGAGACAGUGGUAUCAUAAGCAGAAGACUUUAUGAUGUCGGCCAUCUUGGAUGCUGAAUGAUGGUGACAGAUGAAUUAUGGGAC